AUGAAUACUGCUUCAACUUCAGAAAGUGGAUCAUAUUCCACAAACAACACCCGACCCUUUUUUUAUGCGCACCCAACAGCACAACAGCCUUUUCCAAAUCCGUGGUACCUCAGUCAUGCAUACAAUCCAUACUAUGUACCUGCUUCAGGCUUCCGAAGUGGAAAUCCAUAUUUUCCAUAUUAUUCUGUUGCACUUCAUGAGUACCCUGGAUUUUUUGUUCCCCAGCAUCCAGCGCAUGCAAGAAUUAACAGAAGAGCUUUUUUUAAUGCUCCCCCACCUUCCCCUAUGUUUUAUCAUGCAACAAGAUUUAGACACUAUAGUACCCCUGGGAGAAAAAUGGAGACAAAAGAAACGCAGACUGAUCCUAGACAGCCUGAAAACAAGCAAAAAAAGCAUCAAGAUAUCCAUAUGGAAACGAAAGGUUGUGAUGCAGGAAAUAUGGCCUGUGUUUCUUCUGGUAUAGGAACGGAGACUGAAAGUACCUCAGAGAAACAAGACUCAUCUGGAUCUUCCAUUGCAGUAGACAGAGAGUUUCCUAACAAGAGCCCUUCCAAGUCUACACAGUAUAGAAAUCUCCCUACUGGAAGCUAUGCCUUUGAGAAGGAAGAAGUGAGGAUAGAAUAUGGAAAUGGCUCUCCAGCUAUUCAACUGUGGAAGUCCUUUAAAGAAACUAUCCCUUUGUAUGAUGUGGCCAGUGGCAAACCAGUCCCAGACAAUAUAGUGCAGCGUGAUUUAUUUUCUGUUAGCUCAUGUGAAGGAAUGCUAUAUAGCCCUCAUGAAGGGGAGAAAAGGGUACCAGGAGCUUACUUAGAUGAGAGAAAAGCUGUUCUCACCUCAAAACAGGGUGCUGAAACUGUGCAAGAAAAAGAGGUCAAAAAUAAUGAAGUGCAGCUGGAUGCAGAAAAACAGGGGAAUACAAGUCAGUGGGGAAAAUCUCCCCCAGGUGAGGCUGUGGUGGUGCAAAUGGCAGAACUGGCAAGAUCUAUUAGCAUGGAUGAACCAGUAGUAAGACAGGAUGUGGCUGCAGCUAAGAAAUCUAGCUCUAAAAAAUCUACAGGCUCAAAAACCUCUCAAGAAGAGCCCAGCUCUAAUCAACAAGCAGGACAAUUUCCAUCUAGUAUAGAGGUAAUGAGUGACUUGAGUUUUCAGCAGAAAAGGCUGAAUUUAAGCCACAAUGUAACCAAUGAAAGUCAAACAGAUAAAAGUAUUUGGUGUGAGGAAUCAAUUGAUUAUGUUCCCUCUAGCAGCUGGCUGGCUUGCUUGGACAGUAUGGAUACAAACUACACCUAUAAUGUUUGUUUGCCACAAAGGAAACGUCAAAGUGUACUCAGUAUUUCUUCUGAUGACAUGUCCUCUAGAGACGAAGGCUCAUCAAUUGAUAAUGCCCCAGUAUCUUUUUUUGUCCCUGACUGUGUGCUUCAGAAGAGCACAUAUACUUUCCAGAAAAGUACAGAGGGCUUGGAGAAAGAAAAAAUAAAAAGUGGUGGGUCCCUUAAUGAGGAUGAAGUUGUAGGAAGGGAGCAGGUGAACAGCUUGAAUGACCAAUAUGUCAAAAACUCUUCAACCGUGAAGAUUAAAGAGGCUUCCUGUAAAGGAAAAAAGUUGGCACCUCAUCCCAAGUCUUCUAGUCAGAAAAAAAUUGAUUCCCUCAAGCAAAAAACAGCUAAGAGUUUGUCAGAAGUUGAGGACUCUGAAGAAUACCCUGUAAGGGGAGAAGAGAAUGAUGAAGAUGGAGAGGAGAACGACAAUGAGGAAGAGGAGGAGGAAGAUGAUGAUGACAACAUGGAUGAAAUUGAGUAUUUCUUUGAAGAAGCCACUCCAUUUGGAAUCUUGACAUCUAGUAAAGGACGUUUCUACCAAGUUGGGCAGAGGCUACUUUGGAAACCACCUAAAAAUGUUAUACCAGCUCAAUUAAUUAGCUGGCCUGCUCAAGAGAAAAUAAAAACUAGGAGUGGGCUUGGUGAAAGCAUUGGUGUAGUUUACAAGCCAAAGGAGAAAGGACAAGAUGAAGCUGUGUACAGUGACUGUGGGUAUUAUGGAAGAAAGAGGCCUAUGGCAAGAAAAGGACUUGAACACCAGCGAAUGCUACGGAAAUUCUUGGGAGGAAGGCUUUUAAGGGAGAACAUGGGGAUGCCACCUGAAGAGUACUGGAUUAGAAGUGGUGCUAAACCCAAAUUUACCAGCCAAACACAUGGUAAUCUCUCACCCUCAGCCAAAAACACAGAACAAGGGUGCCCACCUUUGGUUAAGCCAAAGAAGAAAAGAGUAGGCAAGCCACCUUCAAAGCGCAGAGACACGAGAUCUGAGGUGGAAGAAGUGUGGGAGGUGCCAAGGAGCAGUGUACACAGAGGGCGUGGAGCAAGGAAGUCCCUCUAUAAGAGAAGAUAACUUCAAAUAUGGGGGAAGAAG